AUGAUGCAUCAAUAUUCACUGCUAAUUCUGUCAUCCACCGUAUUUUGCCUAGUUUUAUGCGAUGUUCCUUUAGGCUACAGUAAUCGAGAAGGUCUUUCAGGACAUAUGGGAGCAUUUGCGGUAGGUUUUGAUUUUUGAGGGAGCCAGAAAAAAAAUGAUAGAAAAAGUUGAGAGUGAAAGGAGAAGGAAAAGUUGUCUUUUUUAUUUUUUGUGAUAAGAAAUUUAGAGCAAUUUUGAUUUUUUGCUUGUUUCUAAUUAUGACUUGUCAGCGAAAAAAAACUUGACAUAUGACUCUGAAAAAAAUGGGGUGAGAAAUAUGUGAUGACGUGGCAAAUUUUCCGGAAACUACAAUUUUAGCUGGAACUAGAUUUUUCUAGAAUUGUAUCUGGGAAAAAUGAAAUGACGUGACAAACAAAAUGCAGCGCCUAUGUAUAACCAUGAGAGAGCGCAGAGAAAAAUAAGCAGCGCCCAAAUUUCUUCAAUGAAAAAGUGGGCGCUGCUUAUUUUUCUCUGCGUCUCUCAAAAUAAUGCAUAGGCGCUGCUUAUUUUCCAAAAGUGGGCGGAGCUUAGCAGCGCCUAUGUAUAAUCUUGAGAGAGCGCAGAGAAAAAUAAGCAGCGCCUACUGAAGAAAUCUUAGGCGCUGCUCGUUUUUCUCUGCGCUCUCUCAAAAUAAAGCAUAGGCGCUGCUUGUUUUCGAAAUUCAAAGAGCGCUCCACUGAAAAAAACUCAUUCUCCCAAAAAAUUCAAAUUUUUGCAGUCUCUCAAUUGGAGCGACUACGAACUCAAUCUAAUCUCCUCUUUACACGCAACUGGAAAUUAUCAUGAAAUCAUGAAAAUGGUCAAGGAUAAAUUGGUGGAAAGUGAAGAUUUGCCACUAGGCGAAAGACGAAAAAUCGAGAAUUUGCUGAAAAAAAUGCGACCGCCUCCACUUUUCAAAAAUUUGUUGGAUGAAGAAGAUACGAACAGAGUAAGAGAAUUUCGUUGGAAGAAAAAAAAAUAAAUUUUGAAAAAUUUUCAGGUUCGAAUUGCUCACGGCUCAGGUGAUCUUCAAACAGUCCUCCAAAUUAUCGAUUCUCGGCUCCGCGAGCUGCCAAAAAAUCUCUACGAAGUCGCCCUAACCUAUUUAGCCGACCUAUCACCCAAAUAUGAACCAGAACAGCAAGAUGUCUAA